AUGCCAUCGCUAGGAAUCACGGAAUACUAUGCAGGAAAAGCGAUCUUCAUCACAGGAGCUACUGGCUUCAUGGGAAAGGUCUUGGUAGAGAAACUGCUCAGGUCUUGCCCUGAAGUUAAAACUAUAUACAUCCUUGUCAGAACGAAGAAAGGCCAGAGUCCAGUGGCAAGAUUAGAUAAAUUCCUUAAAUCAAGGGUGUUCGAAAAGCUCCAAGCCAUUGAUCCGAAAGCCUGCAAUAAGAUACGUUUAGUACCCGGUGACAUCCUUCAAGAGAACCUCGGGUUGUCGGUAAAGGAUGAAGAGGAACUCCUUCGCGAAUGCCAGAUUGUCUACAACAAUGCUGCUUGUGUGAGUUUUAAUUUACACAUCCGGCUAGCUGUUAAAAUGAACACGUUGGGAACUCAGAAAGUUUUAAAAUUAGCUGAGAAAAUGACAAAACUAGAGGUGUUCGUUCACGUAUCAACUACAUUUUGUCAUGAUGACUUGGACGUUGUAGAAGAGAAACUAUAUCCUUCGAAACAUAACCCUCAGGAUAUUAUCAACAUGGUUGAUUGGAUGGAUGACGAAACUUUGACUGCUUUACAACCUGAAUUGAUAAAACCGUACCCGAACACAUACGGCUACUCAAAAUGUUUGACGGAGAGCCUAGUAUCUCAGUACAAUGGAAAGUUUCCUAUUGCAAUCGCGAGACCGUCUAUUGUUGUACCCUCUUUGAAAGAGCCUAUGCCGGGGUGGCUAGAUAACAUUAAUGGGCCAUCCGGAGUGGUUUAUGCUGCUUCCAGAGGUGUUCUACGGACAAUAUACUGCAAAGACACUACAAAAUUGGACACAAUUUGUGUUGACUUAGCAAUAAAUGCUAUCAUCAUUUUAACCUUCUUGACUGGAAUUGAAAAGCCUAAAGAUAUUCGGGUCUGUAACUUAUCCCAAUAUGGUGUCAAAGAUAUCACUUGGGUUGAAUGUAGAGAGCAUUGGUCGAAGUAUUUGAGCAAGUAUCCCUUGUCUUUGGUAUUAUGGUACCCAUCGGCGACAGCCAAAAAUUACAAAUGGGAGCACAAGAUAUGUGAAUUCUUCACCCACUUAGUUCCAGCAUACUUAAUUGAUUUGCUGUUAUUUUUACUGGGAAAGAAAACUUUCAUGGUCCGAAUAAUCGAUCGACUGACGUUGGGCUUAGAGGUGUUGGAAUACUAUAACACACGGAAUUGGGUGUUCAAGAAUGAAUACUUCAAAUCGUUAAAACACCGAAUCACGAGAGAAGAGGACGAAACAUUUUUCACAGAUUUCUCGAACGCGGACCUGGAUCUUUAUAUGGAGAACUACGUGAAAGGCAUAAGGGAGUUUUACUGCAAAGAGGAUCCCUCCACUAUACCUCAAGCCAAAAUAUUGCACAAGCGGUUGUACUACCUCCAUGUAAUCGUGAACAUUGCUUUCUAUGCACUAUGCGUUUACUUUUUAUAUUGGAUCGUCAAAAAAGUUUCAUUAGUUGUUUAAAGCUGUCUUUGAAUCAGAGAGUUAUUUAUUGCAUUGUUAUUUAUUUAUACUUUGUAUAUCUUGUAAACCACAAAGAGAAUCACUCUAGGAUUCUAGAAGCGGCCUUUUUGUUUUAAACAAUAUCUGCCUACCUGGCAAGCAAGCUUGCUGGAAGAAUUCACUGUUUAUUCACGUACGACCUAUCAUGUUGGAGUGGUCCUGGCAAAAAGCAUCGAAUGCCAGAAGAGACAAUUUUGAUCCGGAAUAGAAAUUCGCAUCACAAGGCCGAGAAACUGAAGAACUCGUAAGAGAAUCGUACUUCUUUAAUAAUUCCUUAUUUUUAAUAUAUUUGGGUAUUAAGAUAUAAUAAUUUAAUAUUUAUUUGGGCCUUUGAUCUGUAACGGUGUGAAAAUAGUUUUUAUAUAUUUUGUAGUUCAUAAAAAAUACAUUUUAACACCGCCGAAAUACUAGGUGAUUUGGAAAUUAACUGUAAUACCCCAACAGACCAUAAAUGCAAACACUGUUUAUUUUCAUGACUGUCACCAAGUAUUUCUUAUGAAAACUGUAUAUUCCUAGCUAUUUCUUCAAAACUAUGUACUUCA